AUGGAAUGUAACCUAUGUGCCCUGGGUGGAAUGGAUCCGGUCAUACAGGUAUGGGAUUUAGACAUAGAGAACUGUCUAGAACCAGCUUUCAAACUCGGUAAAAAACCGAAUAAGAAGAAGAAAAUACAGCGCGUCGGACACAAAGAUGCUGUUUUGGAUUUGUCGUGGAAUAGAAAUUUUACACACGUGAUGGCGAGCGGGUCUGCGGAUAACACGGUUCUGUUGUGGGAUCUGGAUCAGGGUACGCCUCACACGAAACUCGACUACUUCGAAGAUAAGGUGCAAUCGCUCGCGUUCCACCCGCUGGAGGCGCAGACGCUGGCGGCGGGCGCGUGCGACGGGCGCGCGCGCGUGGCGGACUGCCGCACGGCGGCCGCGCACCGCGCCUGGCCGCUCGGCGCCGAGAUCGAGCGCGUGCUCUGGGAUGUGCACAACCCCUUCUGUUUCGCGAUGAGCAAUAACGAAGGUAAAGUGGCAUACGUGGACUGCAGACAAGACCAACCGCUGUGGACGAUACAAGCACACGAAAAAGAAGUUACAGGUCUGAUUCUAAGUGAUAAAAUACCCGGUCUGAUGAUAACGAUUGGCACCGACGAGAAACUUAAGACAUGGGAUAUAACUAGUGCUGGUGCCGUGCAGGUGAGCGAGCGGGCGGGCCGCGUUGGCCAGGCGCUGUGUGCGGCCGCCUGCCCCGACCACCCGCUGGCCGUCGCCGUCGGGGGCGACAACAAGCAGAAUUGUAUCGAGUUAGUCGACCUCAGUACCAGUGAGGAGGUAAUGAACCGUUUCGGAUCACGCCCUCAAGGCACAGUGACAACAAAUAAUGCAGAAGCUAUGGAGUCAUAGACAAUAAUUUUAUAACAAUUAAGAAAAAUUAAAUUUAUAUAUUUUAA